AUGGGACCGCGGCGGCGCGAGCGGGGGCCUGUACUGCAGGGAGUGCGGGGGGUUGGCUUCGGCGGAGCGGGAGCCGCUCCCGAGGGUGGUGUUCGAGGCGAUGAUCGAGGUGGAGGGGGGGCGCGCGAGGCUCCUGGGGCCGCAGGAGGUGGAGAAGGCGAUGGGCGAAAUUGCCUCGGCGCUGAAGUGAAGCGAGUGCGGAGCGCGGGGGCCGAGACGCAGCUGGGCGCCGGGAAGAGGAGGAGGGCGGUGCGCGGUGGUUUGCAGGACGAGUCGGUGAGCUUCGAGUUGGAGAGUCUGAAGCAUGAGGGCACGAAUCUCGGUUUUUACAACAGCGGGACGUGGGCGAAGCCGCAGGAGUCGGAGAUGACGGGCAGCACGGCCGUGAAUCAGAGGGCGGACGAGGAGCGGCGGGAGAGGGCCCAGAGGGCGGCUGCCGAGAACGGGAGUCGCGCGCAGGACGCGGCUGACGCCGAGGUCGAUAAGAAGGUGUACAGAGGGGCGUCGGAGUACAGAAAGUACAUACAGCCCGGGCGGUACGUUGGGCCGCAGAAGAGCUCUUCGAACGUGCGGUGCGACGUGGUCAUCGACUACGCGAGGGACAUUUGCAAGGACUACAAGGAGACGGGUUAUUGCGGGUACGGCGACACUUGCAAGUUUCUGCACGAUCGAAGCGAGUACAAGACCGGUUGGCAGUUGGACAGGGAGUGGGAGGCGCAGGAGAAGAAGAGGCGCGACAGGCUUUUGGGGAUCGAGCAGUCCGACGAGGAAGAGGAGGAGGAGGAGGAGGUCAAGAAGCGGGCCCAGCAGGACGUGCCGUUUGCGUGCCACAUAUGCAGGAAUCCGUUCAGGAAUCCGGUCGUGACGGAGUGCGGGCACUACUUUUGCGAGGACUGCGCGCUGGCGCGGUACGCGGAAGACAAGAGGUGCGCCGUGUGCAAGGAGCAGACGCUGGGCAUAUUCAACAGCGCGUCGGCGAUUUUGAAGAGAAAGUCAGAAUUGGAGCGCACGAAGCAAGAGGAGAGGCAGAAGAAAAAAAGGUGGAUAGAGCAGCUGGAGAGCGGAGAAGACGCGCCUCAGGUCGUCUGA